AUGUUCGUAUAUUUGCUUUUGCAGUAUGGAUUUAUAAACACGUGCCUGAAGUCUUUGGUGGUUGAAAAGUAUGGUGAAGAAACAUGGGAAAAAUUAAGGCUGCAGGCUGGAGUCCAGGAUUCUUUCUUGACUUUUGAGGUUUACAAAGAUGAGAUCACAAUGCAGCUUGUUGACAAAGCCUGCAAAGUAUUAGGUGUUCCUGCUGACCUUGUUCUGAGGGAGUUUGGAAAGUAUUUCUUUGAAUUCUGUAAGCGCUCAGGCUAUGACCACAUGCUGAGGACACUGGGUGGAAAUCUCUAUGAGUUCAUAGAGAACCUGGAUGCAUUGCACAGCUACCUGUCCCUUUCUUACCAGGAGAUGAAUGCACCAUCUUUUAGAGUAGAAAAGAAUGAAGAUGGGUCAAUGCAUUUACAUUACUAUUCAGACAGAAGAGGUCUGUGCCAUAUUGUGCCAGGAAUCAUUGGUGCAGCAGCCCUGGAUUUUUUUAACAUUGAGAUUUCAAUGAAAAUAGUCAAUCAAACAGAAGAAGAAGAAAGAACUGGGAAAAAAGAACAUAUCGUAUUUCUUGUCACUCAAAACCCUCUAUUUCCAUGCAAGGAAAGAAAAGAAUUUUCUUCCUCAUCUCCAUGUCUUGUUGACUCUGAAAAACAAAUUGAGAACCAAGUGAAUAAAGAGGACCUUGAAAAAGCCAAGAAUGCACAUGGAGACACAGGAAACUCUGUUUGUCCUGUUAAGAAAAGUCACUGGAAAACAUUAAGAGGAAUUAUCACAUUAGGAAAAGGUAAACUCCUGAGAGGAUUUGAUCCUGUUUAUCCCAAGAGCCUCUGGAUUGAUACAAAAACAUUUUGCAAUGGACUUCCUUUUCACAUGGUUUUUGACAAAGAGCUCAAAGUGAAGCAAGCUGGGGUGAGCAUUCAAAAGAUUGUACCUGGCCUUCAGACCAUGGGCAUCUGCUUGGAUCAGUACUUCAGGAUCGUUCACCCAGAAGUACCCUUCACCAUCUCCAGCAUUCAGAAAUUCAUCAACAGCCAAUUUGUUUUCCAGACUAGAAGAGAGAUGAUGCCUGAGUCAUGGAAAGAGCGGCCAAUGCUAGAGCUGAGAGGGCAGAUGCUGUGGAUGGAGUCCCUGCAGUGCAUGCUGUACCUGUGCUCGCCCCUGCUCCGCACUCUGCACGAGCUGGAGGAGCGGCAGAUGCACAUCGCCGACAUCGCCCCCCACGAUGUCACCAGGGACCUGAUCCUCCUCAACCAGCAGCGCCUGGCUGAGAUGGAGCUCUCCAACCAGCUGGAGAGGAAGAAGGAGGAGCUGCGGGUCCUGUCCAAGCACCUGGAGGAAGAGAAGAAGAAGACUGAAGCUCUGCUCUAUGCCAUGCUUCCCCAGCACGUGGCCAACCAGCUGAAAGAGGGCAAGCGAGUUGAGGCAGGAGAGUUCAAGGAGUGCACUAUACUGUUCAGUGAUGUGGUGACCUUUACCAACAUUUGUGCCCAGUGUGAGCCUAUUCAGAUAGUUCUCAUGUUAAAUUCAAUGUACCUGAGAUUUGACAGACUGACCACAGUGCAUGAUGUGUACAAGGUGGAGACGAUUGGAGAUGCCUACAUGGUGGUGGGUGGGGUCCCUGUGCCUGUACCCACUCAUGCAGAGCGAGUUGCUAAUUUUGCCCUGGGCAUGAUAAUGGCAGCCAAAGGAGUACAGAACCCAGUUUCUGGAAAUCCCAUCCAAAUUCGAGUUGGGAUCCAUACAGGUCCUGUCCUGGCGGGGGUGGUUGGAGAAAAGAUGCCUCGUUACUGCUUGUUUGGGGACACGGUGAACAUCGCGUCCCGCAUGGAGAGCCACGGCGUCCCCAGCAAGAUUCACCUCAGCUCCAGCGCCUACCAGUGCCUAAAAUACAAGAAUUUUGAGAUUACUGAAAGAGGAGAAAUAGAAGUAAAAGGCAAAGGGAAAAUGCACACGUACUUCCUCAUUAGAAAUAAAUCUGCAACUGAGAAUGAGAUUAUGGGAAGGCCAAUGAAAGAUUUCGAUUCUGGGCAUGAAUCUGUUCAGCCCUUUCCAGAAGGCAAGACUGAAACUAUACUGAGUUCUCAUCAGCCAGCUACUCAGACUCAGCAAAAGAAGGACCAGACCCCAACUGUUGCAAUGAAGUAUAUUGAUGGCCCCACAGAUGCACAAAACAGCCUCAAAAGAAGAAAUCAGAUGAAAGCUGGAGAUUUAACAGGCAAAACUUGUGAUUCCAAAAGCGAUGGGAGUCUCCAUGGCAACCAGCAUGCAGAUGAUGGUCCUCAUCCUCCAAACCAGGGAAGAGUCAAACCUGCUGCUGAAGAGCCACAGAAUAGAAAUGUUCGCUCUAAUUUUUGCACUUUACUCUAAGUUUCUUACGUUUACAUUAAACAGAGAAAUUUUAUUAUGAUUUUGUGCAUUUUGCUGGUACGGGACUGAUUUUAUAUAUGAGUAUCAUGUGAUUUUGUAAAAAAAAAAAAAAAAAGACAUUUCAUCUCAAUUUUCAGUAAAAAAUAAAACAGUGGAGGAAAAUUUUUAAUCCAUCUACAUGGGCCAUAUAAUACGCACAGUGGAGAAAGAUACCCUUGCAGGAUGCUUUGAAGAUGCAUUUUCAGCCUCUGCCACAUCUUUGAAUAUCCUUGUGUAAAAAUCAUGUGUUGGUAUCUGAUGCAGCAAUCGAGAAAGAGGUGACUCAUCCAGCUAGAAAUAUUCCUACUCAAAUGAGCACUUGCCAUAAAAGAAACAUUCCCUGAAGUGACCAUCUGUCUUGACUCCAGCACAGCCAACAACUUCCUCAUGUAAGGUUAGCAGCGUUCCACCUAUGCUUUAACUGCAGUAAAGCUUAAUUUCUUAUGGAUCUUUUGUUGGGUAAAGGCAUUAUGAAAUAGAAGUGCAGAAUAAAUCUAGAACAACCUGUAUUUUUGCAUCCUGAAGAGAGAAUAAUGUGUACUUGAUAGCAGCCAACAGUAAAAUAGAGCAUCUGUGAUCUCUGAACCAGCCAUACAUACUGUGCAUAGAAGGACACGGGAAUGGUGGAGUUACAGAGCAUCACAUUUGUCACAACACUGAAGGACUGUUCAAGGCCUACAACCUAUUUGAGACCUUCAAAUGAGUUGCAAGUUUAUUUCUCAUUUUUUCACCUGAGUUUAACAAGAAAAAAAUUCAGGACUGCAGGAGACUGUCAGUGCUGGAAUUAAUGUUGCUAGUACCAUUGAAAAGAACAGCAUUAGAGAUCAACAUUACCUGGUAUCAGAGGCUGCUCAACUGAAAUACUUCCGUGCUGACAUAUGCUUAGAUUAUGCCUGAUCAGAAAUGAGAGAGAAAAAUUGAAGCUCAUUUGUCAGGGAUUUCAGAGAGAGGAGCAAAAAUACAAUGGAUAUAAAGGUUGUAGACAACAUCAUAAAUUGUGCUGUCACUCCUAUAAAUGGAGCUUGGAAUAGGUGGGUGACUUUGACAGAAGAUGUGCCCUGCACACUGAUUUAUUACCUCUGGGUGUGGAUUCAUCGACUAAGGAUGCAGGCAUGAGACCAAUGUGAACUCUGGGCAAGAACUCACUGGAGCAGAAGGUGAUAAUGUUACUCCUCCUUAACAGACUGGAGCAUCACAUUUCCACCUCUGUGUCUGCAGCAAGAGCAAGGCUCUUUAAACUCCAGACAGAGAGCUAAGACUGAUGAAAGGCAUCUCCUCCUCUUUAUAGUAUAGCCAGAUGAAAUUUCACCUGGUUAGAUUUAUUUUUUUUUUCAAAUCUCUGAGACAGGAGCUCCAUAGUCCAGGAGCUCAGCAGCUCAGUCUACAAAACAAUUAGUGCAAUUAGACCAGCAGAGGAGGAUGCACAGAGUGAAACCACGGGUGCUGUUCUCCACACAAGAGGUGCUCCAGGGGGUUUGCUAGGUGUGGUCCCAUGCAAUGAAUACCUGUUAGCUUUUGGAGCACCUCAGAGGCACAUCCUCUGACUUAACUUCGUCCAGAAGAGAUCCAUUUGUGUGCUGUGAGACCAGUCUACAGUGAGAAACAAAGCAUGGUAAGUGGGUUUUGAGGAAACUCCCUCAGGAGUGUACUGCUGCCUGACUGAAACGCUGUUGCAGGCACACCCUGUAACAGGAGAACCUUCCACCAUACAGCUGAGCAGCACCAUUCAGGGAGUCCAGUUUUAUGAAUGGAAAGCUUUACUUACUUAUUUGGAUUUUGUUAUCUAAGUAUUGUUCAUUAUUUUGGAAGGGAGAGAUCUACUGUACGUUGAUGCUGUUCUAAGGGUUGUAAUUGUUAAGCUGAGUAUCAAGAUUUCAAACACUGGACUCUCUGCUACCCUCAGACACACAAUCUAAAUAUCACCUUCACUCCUGGGGAGUCCUCCCCAUCAUCCCAGUGCUCAUGGCUUUGUGCUUCUGUAGUACAACUGUAGCUUUAAAAAGACUUUCCUGAAGAAUGAGAAUACCCAAUUUCUCUCACUCACAAUGGUGUUAAAGUGAAGUAACAGUUAAAUCAGCACUAUCCCAGUGAUUGAAGUCAAGAAGGAACUCUGACAAGGCUUUUGUGUCUCCAGCCUAGAGAUGUGCUUCAGUACUCUUGACGAAUCUUGCAGAUGGAACAGAGAACACAUGGCAGGGGAGGACUCUGUCAUUACUGGCAUUUGCUGUGAACAUCUAAAGCCACUUUAGUCCCAAGCACAAGCGUGACAUGGGAAUUUACAUCUCUCAGUGGCCAGUGUGAAUGCAGCAGGGAAGCUCUUGCAGUCUCUGGUGCUCCUGCAGUCCCACACCUGUGUGGCUGAACAUCACUGACCACUUCUCUGAAAAAAAGAAUUGCCAGUUGGAAAUGGUCCAACCAGUCUGGCCACCAGUGAAUAGGGUGUGGUAUAUAUUCUGAGGUUUAAUACAGAUACACUACAGAGUUUUAGGCAGAAGCCCAGAACUCCUCUGAACUUGUAUGGAUCAUCUUGGGAAGAAGAAAGAAAAGAACCGUGGCUUAAUUGCUGCCAGCAUCUCUGUUCUUUAACACUCGCUUUGCUCAAACCUGCCCUUCUUGCACUGAACAAUCUAUGGGUGUUUAAUAUUGGAAUGUUUUAACUGCCAGUAAGUGCUCCAUGGUAAGCUACUUCAUGCUGUACUGUGGUAAAAAUGGUGUGCUCAGUGAUUUCUCUGUGGCAUCUGCUACAAUCUGGUUCUUCUGGGGGUGCAGAGCUGGGUCAAAUCUGCACAACUGCUUCUAAAAAUGAAUGUGCCUGUGCAUCAUCAUGUGUUCUUAAAUCUGUAGGCACUUGUAAAGACUGCAAAAAUAUAACUCAAAAAUAAAUCUUUUCAUUAAUAUAC